ACCCUUCUCGAUAAUGGGCUCUCUCCAGAAGCACUACCCCCAAAGAGUGAUGACGAGUCAGAAAUGGGAUCGUCCUCCCCUGGGCUCAAGGAUGAUCAAACACUCCACUGUUUACGAAGAACAUUACAAAUCCCGGCUGGGGUCCGUGAGGCGUGACGAAGGGCUGACCCAUCACGUUGUUAGUGCUGGCUGGCUGCAUGUUACAUCCUGAGCAAUGAUCCCAUGCCUAAAAAGGACGAGUGGAAGGGGGAAAUGAUAUCAUUUCCUCCUGAAGCCCAAUAAUUUUCCGAUAUCACCCCAGAUUCUAAUGCACUCGAAGCUUGGUUUUGUCGUCGCGAACUAUAAAUGCCGGGUAUCCGUUCCUCGCUUUUCCC